AAAUUUUUAAAUACAAUGGGAAACGCAACUACAAAAUUAAAUAGAAAAUUUGAUGGAUGGCUUAAAAAAGCAUACAAUUAUAUCUUCAAAGAAGAAGAACUGAGUGAAAUUUCUGAAGAAGCACUUUCUUAAGUCGAAGAAAAUGAAAAUUUUGAGGAGUUAUAACAAGUUUAGGAGCCAAUUAAUAAAGAAAAAGAAGAACUAGAUCACGAACUAGAGGAGGGUUUGAAUACACCUUCAUAAGAAUUGGAAUCUAUCAUUUGUACAUCAAUUACAAAAGAAGAAUUGUUACAAGAUAAACGCAAAGCCUCUACUUUGCUCUCAUCAGAAUUUGAACCAAAAAGAAUAUGUUUAAACAAGGAAAGCAUGACAGAAUGA